UCUACAUGAAACAACAACGCAGGUGCUAGUCACGUUAUUUCUUUUCUCACCUAAAAUAUGACGUCCACGGCCUUAUCGACACCUACUCGUUCAUUCCUGCACUAUCUAAGUCGCCGCGUGAACCCAUUCAAACAUCGCCAUCAUCAAGCUGGAGUAACACACUUAGUAAGGUGUUAUUAUGAAUCUGGAAAACCCGCUACUGGGUAUCAGGCAGAAUCUGCCCGGACCAUAGAUCUACGGAGCGAUACCGUCACAAAACCUGGACCGCUGAUGCGACGCGCCAUGUCAGAGGCCAAGGUUGGGGACGAUGUAUUUGGCGAAGACCCUACUGUCAACGAGCUACAGAGGCAGGCGGCAGAGCUCUUUGGUAUGGAGUCAGCCCUCUUCUGUCCUACUGGAACUAUGAGCAAUCUGAUAGCAGUCAUGGUUCACUGUCGAGAGAGAGGCGAUGAGAUGAUCGUGGGGGACCUGUCUCACCUGCACAUCUAUGAGCAGGGAGGCAGCGCAACGCUUGCUGGGGUCCACUCCACAACCGUGACCAACUUUGCGGACGGUACCUUUGACCUGGACCAGCUGGAGUCCAAGAUCCGCCACGGCUACCCGGACGCGCACUACCCGCGCUCCCGCCUAGUGUGUGUGGAGAACACGCACAACAUCCAGGGGGGCCGCGUGCUGCCCCUGGCCUUCCUGAAGGAGUUGCGGUCUCUCGCGGACAAGUAUGGCCUGAUGGUGCACAUGGACGGGGCUCGUGUGAUGAAUGCGGCGGUCACCCUGGGCGUUCCACCAUCCGCCAUCCUGCAGCACUGCCACACAGUUAGCGUCUGCCUGUCCAAGGGCCUGGGGGCACCAGUUGGCACUAUGUUGGGUGGACCCCAGGAUUUUGUGAAACAGGCGGUGCGUGCCCGCAAGGCUCUGGGUGGUGGAAUGAGGCAGGCGGGCAUCUUGGCAGCCGCUGGGAAGCUUGCACUGUCCGACAUGGUGGGUAGACUGCAGGAGGACCACCGCAAUGCCAGGAGCUUUGCACAAGCCCUGCUGCAGUGUGACUCUCCAGUCUACCAGGUGGACCUUGCUACCGUAGAGACGAACAUUGUGCGCUUCCGCGUGUGUGCGGAGGGCGUGAGCCCUGCGGAGCUGUGCGCGCGGGCGGCGGCCGUGUCCGAGGACGAGGAGCGGGUGCUGGGCCAGGGUGUGCGGGUACUCAUGUUCCCGCACGUCGCCGGUUCGGUGAGGGCUGUGUGGCACGUGGGCAUCUCCGAGGAGGACACACAGCUCGCUGUCCAGAAGAUGCAGUUUGUAGCCCAACAGCUGACCAGAGAGAGGGCCAGGGCCCAUUAAGUCCCCCCCCCCCCCUCCGACACACACACAUCCACACACACACACACCACCACCACUACCACAACCAGUAUCACUACUACAACUGGGAGAUGAAUUGGCGAGACACCGAAGAGCUGGACUUUGUCUAUGUAAAUAGGCAAUCCUGCACAUUAUUUACCAGUAGCAGAGAUUCCCUCGUUUUAUCGUUUUAUCUUUCUAAGUGCUCGUGGCCCUUGAGCUUAGAGAUCGGCAAUCAGCCUAAUUAACCGCCAGCCUCCUCAGAGGGCAGCGCGGGUAGCGAUGACGCUGGUGGGAAUGGGGAACAAUUACGGAGAGGUUUGAAGCAUCUUUUGAUGCAAUAUCUUCUAUUCAGAGCUAAGCCUGCGGAUAUCCGCUGCCGAGAAUUGUUCCCAGAUGCAACCAUCAGACCAGCGCGUUUCUCCUCAGGGGAAGUGUACACGUACAGUGCACAUUUCUGUUCACGUUUCAGUGAUAACAAUUUCGGUGGAAACUGACGCAAUGCUGCUGCUGCAAAACCAUAUUGUUUUAAGCGCUCCCUCAUUUUUAAACACUAACCAAAUGCCUGACAUGAUAUCAAAUGUGAUUUUAGGUUUUCAGAAACAGUUUUGCUUUGUUUUGUGUACUUGACUAAUGUUUGCAAUUAAUUAUUAUAAUAUGGUGAUUGAGCUGUUAUAUGAAGAUGCUCUGUUCAGUGGCCUAUGCAAGGUAUAACCUGCUAUUGGAAUUCAAUCUGAUCAAGAAAUAUGUCCAAUAUAAUGUGAAAUGAAAACAAAUCCUUUCCUGCCAUUUUUAUUAGGUUUAGGUUGGAUCAAUAAUACUUAAUUUAACAUUGCUGUUUCAGACAUUUUCUUGGUUUGUUUGUUGGACACAGAGUGGUGGAUGUCUAAAAAUAAUUUUCGGGUUGAACUUGGCAGGAGUUCUACUUGACAACUGAUUGUUGCAGCAAAAAGCAAAAAAUCAGUCAGUCUGACAAUAAACAAAAGUCAGUCAUGCUGUGUUCUUUCUUUAGGUUUGUUGUCUAUUGCCUGACUGACAGGGGGAUUCAACUAUGUGUGUGAGAGUAUAUCCUUGGCUAAGGCCUUAUGGCAGACACCACUGAGAAGUAUUGUCAUGGUGACCAAAUAGAUCUCAUUUGCUCCUGCAAAGUGAUUGUGUAUAACCUGUCUGUCUCCACAAGCCAGGCCUUGAGAAAUAUACAUGACAAUUAGACACCAACUGAGCUCUGAGAAAGUCCGCUGGAUGAUAGGCUGUAGGACAGAAGAGAUAACAUUGAAACAUCAGCCAUGCCUUUAGAAACUGUCUAUUGAAACAGUGAUCUGGAAAAUUGCCACUUUACUGAGAGAGAAAAACAAAUGGAUAGGACUACAUUCUUGAAGUAGAGAUGCUUAAGAUUAACUACUACUUUGUCUUAUCCUUUUGUCCAGCAUCGCUGCAUUACAUUACAUGUUUAUUGACUGAAAUGGGUUUGUAUUGACAGAAUCUCAUGUUAUGUUUUCAACUUCAAUAUCAUCUCACAGCAAAUUACAGUAUUUUGAAUGGGCACAGAAAAUCCAUUCAAUCAAGCGUUCAACUGGGAGACUCUCACUAAUCAAGGUCCUUGUUUGAAAAGAUAAUAAUCAAUGACCUUCCAUUUAAAUGGAAAAGUGGAAACAGAAAGUAAAAAAAAAUAUUUUCCAACAGGUAGGCUUUUCACCUGAACCUUCUUUUGAAGUGAAGGAAGAUCACAAUCAAAUAUUAAACUCAUAUUUUGCUUCCAGGGCAUGAAUUGCAAUGGAUAUAGUUCUCUAAAUAAAUAUUUGAAGUCUGAUA